CUGGAUUUAGAGAGUGUGCCUCAUAUGGAGAACCUUGGAAGUUGUUGUUCUUGGCCUUGUGUAGUAUGGAAGAAACGUUCUGAGUAAAAAGGAGUCUUUGGAGUCAGCCAAAAGCAUGAAGUACAAUCGGAAGUAGCAGAAUAAGGAAAGUACUGACCACUCGAUACACAACAAAAUGGCGACGAAGGUAAAAUACGCGAUUUAAAGUCCCGAAGACGCAUCUGUAAGGCGCAGCACGUGUCGCGCCAAAGUUUGUCGCAUUUCAAGGUUAAGGGCAUAUCUCGAGUUGGAAGUGCGCCAGUAUUUGUCGAUUUGGAUAUUUUCUGAAUUAUGGCUGUUAGUCUGCCUCCACCACCAAGUAUCAAGGAAGGUGAAAACUUCAUGACAUGGAUCAAAUCAGUGGAAAUUUACAUGGGUGCAAUUGAUGUGAAAACUGCUUCUCAGAAAGUCAAUAUUGUUCUGCACCUUCUCGGACCUGAUGUUCAAGGUAUUAUCGAUACUUUGCCAGAGGGGGAAGGGACAAAUGCAUAUGAAAAGUUGAAAGAUCAGCUGGAGAAGCACUUCAAGCCAAAAGUAAACGCAGUAGUUGAGCGACAUCACUUCAACACAAUGGUGUACGAAGGCGGAAGAGUGGAAGGAUACGUAGCAAAGCUGAAAACUCAAGCUCGGAAGUGUGACUUUGAUGUCAAUGAAGUGGAUAACCUGGUGAGAGAUAAGCUGGUUGCAACAUGUCCCUCAUCCAGAGUAAAGGAGAGCAUGCUUAAGGAAGAAAAGCUGACUCUAACCAAAGCCAUCUCUAUAUGGUCGACAGAUGCCACUGUUCGAGAGCAAGCUCGGAAGAUGGAAGUGUCAGAGGAAGGAGCAUCAAGGAAAGAUGAAAAGGUGAACAAGGUCAACUGGAAGCAGGCAGAAAGAAAGCCAAAGAAGGAUGAAGCUGUGAGAGGGCAGCAAAACCAGAUGAAAAAUGCAAGAGGUAAGAUGAUGCAAAGCAGUCAAAGGGAAGAUGAAAGGAAAUGCUUCAGAUGUGGCAAAGGUAACCAUCUGAUAAAAGACUGCAGAGUGCCGAAACAUGUCAGAUGUAACAACUGUUCAAAGCCGGGUCAUCUCCAAGCUGCGUGCAGGAACCCGAGUGCUGAAGAGAGAGUGAGGGUGAACUGUAAUGAAGGUGACAAAGUAGAAGAUGACGAGGAAGACAACUAUUGUGUGUAUCAAGCAAGCAGGGAGAAGUCAAAGGCGAUCAAGGUGAGCAUGUCCGUAAAUGGCAAGGAUGUGGAAUUCCUGGUUGACACAGGAUGCCCAGUGACGUUGAUGCCAGACAGUGUGCUUCCUGGACUGAGUCUGCGGAAAGCUGGAUGUCGUCUGACCUCAUAUACAGGGCACAAGAUCCCUGUGCUGGGUGUCACAGAUGCAGAAGUAGUGUACCAAGGAAACCAGAAGGAACUGGAAGUGCAUGUGGUGGAAGGAGAUGGACCUCCACUACUGGGACGUAACUGGCUGAAAGAAAUCAGACUGGACUGGGAACAGCUGGUGGGAAGUAUGCAAUCUCAGAAGACAAUGCGUUGGAAGCUGGAAGAUGUUCUGCAGAGGAAUGAAGAGCUGUUUGAUGGUACGCUGGGUCAGAUGAAGAACACUGAAGCUCAUCUAGAGCUGAAAGAGGAUGCCAAACCAGUGUUCCAGCCACCACGACCUGUGCCAUAUGGUCUCGCGGACAAAGUGAAGCAAGAGUUGUCAAAAUGGGUGGAACUUGGAGUGACAAAAGAACUGACGUCAGAGGAUGCAACGCCGAAGUGGGCCACGCCUCUCGUAGUCGUGCCAAAGCCGGACGGAUCAGUAAGGCUCUGUGGAGAUUUCAAGGUAACGCUGAACCCAAACCUGGAAGUGCCGAAGCACCCGCUGCCGAAGAUGGAGGACAUUUUUGCAACAGUGGGACAGGUUCGAUACAUCUCAGUGAUUGACCUCUCCCAAGCGUAUCUGCAGAUGCCCCUCAGCACAGAAAGCCAGGAGUACUGUGUUCUCAACACACCAUGGGGGAUGCACCGUAUGCUGCGACUACCAUACGGGGUGAAGUCAAGUCCAAUGCUCUUCCAGAGGGAAAUGGACAGAAUCCUCAAGAAUGUGCCUGGAGUGAAGUGUCUGUUGGAUGAUAUGCUCAUCACAGGAAGAACUGAAGAAGAAGCACUGAAGCGACUGGACGAAGUGAUGCAGAUCAUGAAGUCACACGGUCUGCGUCUGAAAAAGGAGAAAUGUCAGUUUCUGACAAAGGAAGUCCGGUACCUAGGGCUCAGGCUAGGAGCCGAGGGCAUCAGAACAGAUCCAGAACGUGUGAAAGCCGUGCUGAACGCAAGAGCACCCACCAACCAGAAAGAAGUUCGUGAGUUUCUCGGUGCUGUCACGUUCUACAACCGCUUCCUGAAGAACCUCUCGAAGACAGCAAGGCCGUUGAAUGAACUCCUGAAGAAAGACAGCGAAUGGAAGUGGACUGCAGAGUGUGAAGCCAGCUUCAACAGCAUCAAGAGACAGCUGUCAUCAACGGAAGUGCUGCGUCAUUUCGACGUGACGGAGCAGGUGACGGUGAUCACGGACGCUAGUCCAGAAGGACUAGGCGCCGUACUCGUUCAAGGGAAGGAUGAGCGGCCGAUCAUGUACGUGUCAAGAUCGCUGAGUGAACACGAGCGGAAAUACUCUCAGAUAGAAAGGGAAGGACUCUGUGUAGUCUGGGCAUUUCAGCGACUGAAGCAGUUCCUGUACGGGCGCCAUUUCAAGCUCGUAACGGACAACAAGCCGCUAGCUCAUGUCUUUGGACCUAAGGCGCCGCUGCCGACGUUGGCUGCCUCACGGAUCCAGAGAUGGGCGAUGAAGUUGGCGGAGUACGAUUUCUCUGUGGAAGUCAGGAAGUCGGAACAAAUUCCAGUAGCUGAUUGGCUCUCACGUCUACCGAGAGAAGGCUCAGUGCUGAAGUCAGAAGCACCAGAAGACGAGUGCACUGUCUGUCUGAUCGGACAACUGGAGUCGCUAAGUCCGGUGACGGCCGCAGCGAUUCAACGAGAGACGGCCAGAAGCCCAAUCCUGGCGAAGGUGAUGCACUUCGUGCACAACGGCUGGUCAGAAGCCGUAAAUGAAGAGCUACAACCAUUCAAGAUGAGGCAAACCGAACUGACCGUGGAGCGCGGAUGUCUAAUGUGGGGAUGUCGCGUCGUGGUUCCGCCGAACCUGAGAUCCAGAGUGCUGAGCGAGCUGCAUGCCGGACAUCAAGGAAUGGUGAAGAUGAAGCAGCUCGGAAGGAUGCACGUCUGGUGGCCGAACAUGGACAAGCAGAUCGAGGCGGAAGUCCGGAACUGCGAAGGCUGCUGGCAAAAGCGAGCAGAGCCACCAAGCGGAGAUCUCCACCCAUGGGAGUAUGCCAAGGGACCCUGGCAACGGAUACAUCUAGAUUUCGCUGGUCCUGUGGAAGGUAGAUUCUACGUGGUUGUCAUCGACAGCUACUCGAAGUGGAUGGAAAUCGCUCCAAUGAAGACCAUCACAACAGAGAAGACGAUUGAAUACCUGCUGAACCUGUUCGCUAGGUGGGGACUGCCUCACCAACUGGUCACGGAUAAUGGUCCACAACUCGUCAGCAAGGACUUCGAAGGGUUCUUGGAGAGGAACGGAAUCAAGCACAGUGUCACAGCGCCGUACAAGCCGUCCACUAACGGAGCUGCGGAAAGAGCAGUGGGUUGUCUGAAGAACCUGCUGAAGACCAGCGGUGCAGCGGGAACAUGGACCGCCACUGCAUAGCGCUGUGGAACAGUCGGUAACUUCAACCGGUAACCGCGGGCUCGUGCUGGAGGAAGAUGGGAUCGCUGCAACACAGUCACCUGAAGCAGCGUCAG